CCUCCGCGGGGAGUCACGUGCCCCGCCCCCUUGGGGGCGUUGAAAACUCAAAACAAAAACAAGGGGUUUGCUAGGGCCUCCGCGGUGGCGGCGGCUGCAGUGGAGCCCGUGGUGGGGCAGGGCUAGAGGGGCCAGUGCAGCGCCCCAGCCGGAGGGUGGGCGCGCAGGCAGCGGGAUGACGCCGGGUCUGUGAGGCCGAGGCGGCGGCGGCAGGGGGGAAGGGUCGGAUGCCGGUCCGGGGGCACCGCUGAGGCUGCGGGUCCCAGACCUCGGAGAUAGGUCCGGAAGCACCCGCCGCGCCCAGUCCCCCCGACCGUGACGCGGAAGGCUGGUGGAGGCGCGGUUCCAGCACGAUGAAGGAUUUGGGGGCAGAAUACUUGGCCGGUCGUGAAGGGGUGCAGCUCCUCGGAUUGUUGAACCUCUACCUAGAACAGGAGCAGAGAUUCCAACCUCGAGAAAAAGGGCUGAGCUUGAUCGAGGCUACUCCGGAGAAUGAUAACAGUUUGUGUUCAAGAUUGAGAAAUGCCAAAGUAGAAGAUUUAAGGAGUUUAACCAAUUUUUUUGGAUCUUGCACUGAAACUUUUGUCCUGGCUGUCAAUAUUUUGGACAGAUUCUUGGCUCUUAUGAAGGUGAAACCUAAACAUUUGUCUUGCAUUGGAGUCUGUUGUUUUUUGCUGGCUGCUAGAAUAGUUGAAGAAGAAUGCAAUAUUCCAUCUACUCACGAUGUCAUCCGGAUUAGUCAGUGUAAAUGCACUGCUUCUGACAUAAACCGGAUGGAAAAAAUAAUUUCAGAAAAAUUGCACUAUGAAUUGGAAGCUACUACUGCCUUAAACUUUUUGCACUUAUACCAUACCAUAGUACUUUGUCAUACUUCAGAAAGGAAAGAAAUACUGAGCCUUGAUAAACUGGAAGCUCAGCUGAAAGCUUGCAACUGCCGACUUAUCUUUUCAAAAGCAAAACCAUCUAUACUAGCUUUGUGCCUUCUCAAUUUGGAAGUUGAAACUUUGAAAUCCAUUGAAUUAUUGGAAAUUCUCCUGCUUGUUAAAAAACAUUCCAAGAUUAAUGACUCCGAGUUCAUUUACUGGAGGGAGUUAGUUUCUAAAUGCCUAGCAGAAUAUUCUUCUCCUGAAUGUUGCAAACCAGAUCUUAAGAAGUUGGUUUGGAUUGUUUCAAGGCGCACAGCCCAGAACCUCCAUAACAGCUAUUAUAGUGUUCCUGAGCUGCCAACGAUACCGGAGGGGGGGUGUUUUGAUGAAAGUGAAAGUGAGGACUCCUGUGAAGACAUGAGCUGUGGAGAAGAGAGCCUCAGCGGCUGCCCUCACAGUAACCCGGAGUGUGCUUUCUUUUUCAGCUUCAAAGUGGCACAGACGCUGUGCGUUCCAUCUUAGAAAUCCAGUUGUCCUGGGUCCGAAUUUACAGUGUAUGUACAGGUUUCAAAGCAAUAAAUGGGGGAGUAGGUAGUUUCCUGGCCCAGCCCCCAUCUAGGCAGGAAUUGCAUAGCCUGGAAUACCUACCUUCUAUUUAUUAUUCAGAUCAGAUCUGGCCUAUUUUCAUAUUUAAUCCUAAGCCAUCAAAUGGGUUAGUGCCUCUUGAACAAUUAACAAUACUUUAGACAUUGGCACUUUAUUUUUCUCGUUGAUCUUUAGCUACUUGGGGGAGGAGGGAAGGUGCUGAUAUCUUCAAUUUAUUACUUUUCAAGAAGCUUUUUAAAGACGAAUAGUGUAGCUUAAACUUUUUAUAAAGCCUUCAGGUGUCAUUACUGAAACAGACUGGGGAGCGUGCAGGUGCUUCCUUAGCAGGGAUAAUGGAUAAUCCUUUAACGGUUUAUCUUAGAUUCCCCCCACCCCAGAACAGAGAAUAUACUCUUAAAUGUCGAACACCUUUUUUUUGUUGUCUUUUGAAUAAUCAGUGUACUAUCCGAUGCAGACUCUAUACACUUAGGACUUAUAAUAUUGACAUUUCUGUGAAUUUUAGUAAGUAAUGUCUUCAUUGCUUUGAGGUUUCUGCCAAAGCAGAAAUAAGCAACAGGCUAGGGUUGUUAGAUAGUUGCAUUCCUAAUGCCUAAGUAUUGUCAGACUAUAGUAUUAUUUUAAUGUUUUUAAAAUAAUCCAUAAUCUGCUAGUUUUGCAUGUACUGGUGUGAAAGCAGUGCAAGAAGUUGAACAGAACUAGGUAACUAUGGAACUGAUAAAUGUUGAUCUAGUAACACAUCUUAUCUCCUUUUCUUAUAUUAAAAAUAAGUCUGCAUGAUUACAUUUUCUUUCCUUUGUAAUUCACAUUUCAGAAAUAAUGGUAUUAGUAUAUGGGUGCCAUAUUGAAUAUGAAGUGUAAAAAAAAAAAAAAACGAAGUGUUUGUAGUGUUAGUUUUAAGUGUAUCUGUAUGGUGGUACAGCCAUAAGAAUAGGGAUUUACAAACUCUGUACACAUAAGCUUUGUACAGAGAAUUUUUUUAACUCUAUAAACUGUAUAUAAAAAUGUAAAUCUUUAAAAAAAUGUACAUAAAAAUAGUGUAUUUUUUUACCGUGUGUGUGAUAGUCUAGUCAUUGCAUGUAAAUAUAAUUUAUUGUGUAUUCUGUAUUAUAAAUCAUAUAGUGAUGGCUUACUUUUUUACUGGUAAGUCAGCAUCCAUUGGAUGUUUCCUGAAGUGAAGCUUUUUGAAGUAAUAAUAGAUUACAACUCAAAAAUAAAAAUAUCAAUAAAUUGUAUUCCUUGGUUGCAGUCA